AUGAAUUCCCUUCCGUUUCAGAAAUUUCUCUCCAGUCUGUUUGGGCUUUUCCAGAGCUUGAUCAAGAUGGGUGGUAUCUCGCAUCCAAUUUACAUGCUGGAUCGAAACGAGGCGGAGACUAAACGUCUCAAUGACCAGCAUCGCUUUCUCGUCGAGCUCUCCAAUCUCAUUCAUCCGUCAAUUCCAAGAGACCUUACCGCAGUCGCUGAUUUGGGCACGGGCACAGGCAUUUGGCUCCAAGAUGUUGCCAAUCUCCUACCUAAUAAGUCAGUGUACCUCCACGGCUUCGACAUCUCUUCAACCCAAUACCCACAACGCCACGAGAUCCCACGAUCUGGCCAAAAGCCAAUUCCACUCACCGUUCACGACGCACUGCACCCCUUUCCAGCAGAGCACCGUGGCCGAUAUGACCUCGUUCACAUCCGACUCUUAACAGCCGGCCUGAAACAAGCUGACUACACCAGAGUGCUCGCCAACGCGCGGGCUUUACUCAAACCAAACGGCUGGAUCCAAUGGGAAGAAGUCGACCACACAGCCUUCUGCACAGACGCGGUACUAGAGCCCGCAGCGAUAACUCGACUGCGGGAAUGUGUGAUUGAAGCUAUGCUGAAACUGGGUCUGUGGCCGUUCGCCCCCCAGCGUGUGUACGACGUGAUUCAUACAUCUGGAUUCACCGACGUCGUUCGUGAGACUUACACAACGGCUGGGAAGAAAUAUCUGCGACCUACUGCGCAGAUAUGGGUUGCGGGUGUGAUGCGUGCGCUGGUGCCGCCUUCGAUGGUUGUUAUUGGUCAAGCUGAGGAUACCAGGCAGGCGCGUGGGAUUACUGAGAAGUUGAUUGGCGAGUUUGAGGCUCAUUGUGAGUCUGCUACGGCGCUGGUUAACUUUGGCGUUACGUUGUCGAUGUUCAUUGCCGCAUUGGAUCAAACGAUCAUGGCAACAGCGAUCCCAACCAUUGCAGCGUACUUCCACUCUUCUUCUGGGUAUACGUGGAUUGGCGGAGCAUAUCUUCUCAGCUCCGCCGCCAGCGCAUGUAUCUGGGCCAAGCUGUCGGACAUCUGGGGACGGAAACCGAUCUUGCUUUUGGCGGUUGGAUGGUUUUUCCUCAGCUCCAUUCUUUGUGCUGCUUCUACAAGCAUGGAGAUGUUGAUCGCCGGUCGAGCCUUGCAGGGUGUCGCUGGUGGUGGUUUGCUCCAGCUCGUGACGAUUAUCAUUUCGGAUUUGUUCAGUGUCCGACACCGCAGUCUAUAUCUCGGCCUAAUGGAGGUCAUGUGGGCGUUUGCUGGUGGGGUUGGACCCUUACUUGGCGGUGCAUUCAGUCAGUCAGUCACUUGGAGAUGGACUUAUUGGAUCAAUCUACCGAUCUCGGGAGUGACGUUCGUGCUCCUUUUCUUUUUCUUGGAUGUGCACAACCCACAGACGAAAAUCAUGGAUGGCGUCCGCGCCAUUGACUGGUUCGGCAGUCUCUCGGUUCUGGGUCUUACUCUCAUGCUUUUACUGGGAUUGGAUUUCGGGGGCGAGACCUUCGCCUGGAAAUCCCCCCAGGUCAUCUGUCUGAUUGUCUUUGGGUCUCUAUGUUCUUUGCUGUUCGUCUACAGCGAGAAGAAACUAGCCAAAUAUCCCUUGAUGCCGAUGGACAUCUUCACUCGAUUCUCCAAUAUUGCUACCUUGCUCGUAGCGUUUGCACAUGGUUUUGUCUUCAUCGCCGGGGAAUACUACAUUCCUCUCUACCUACAAUCCGUGCAUGGCUCCUCGCCAAUGGGCUCCGGUGUCCUCAUUCUCCCGCUAGUCGUGAUGGAAGCAUUCUCCGGCAUGUUCACUGGCGCAAUCAUCCAUCGCACCGGUCGAUACCUCGAACUCAUCUGGAUCGGCCUGGUCCUAAUGACCAUCGGAAAUGGACUCUACAUCCACCUCGGUGUGGGAUCCUCCGUCGGCGAGAUAGUCGGGUACCAGAUUGUCAGCGGUCUCGGUGCCGGAUUCCUCUUCCAAACACCUAUCAUCGCCAUCCAGGCCAAGGUCUCCCAGGAAGAUACCGCGACCGCAACGGCAACAAUCGGGUUCAUUCGCAACAUGGCGACCGCAGCUUCUAUUGUCAUUGGCGGCGUCGUCUUCCAGAAUAGUAUGGGCCAGAAAAAGUCCAGCUUGUUGGCUUCCGGUAUGUCGACUAGCAUGGCGGCCCAGAUGUCUGGAGAUUCGGCUGCUGCGAGUAUCGAGUCGAUCAAAUUCAUUACCGAUCCCGAGCAGUUGCUAGCUGUUCGGGAGGCUUUUGCUUGGAGUUUGAGAAAUAUGUGGAUUCUUUAUACAUGCAUGUCUGCUGUUGGAGUCUUUUUUUCGGCUUUUAUUCUCAAGACUAAGUUGGCCAAGGAGCAUGUUGAGACUAAGACGGGAUUGAACGUUGAGAAGACGCCGGUCGUCGAGCAGAAUGCACAUAGCGUAUAG